AUUUUACGGGCGAGAAAAAAGAAUCAUUCCUCAUAAAAUGGAGCAAUCAGCGAGAAGAAGGCCGCGACGUCGUCCUCUUGAGACUUGCGGUGGUGUGUUAAUAUCCAUGGCUCGUGUUGUUUACACAAGAAACCAAACUUCAAAGAAGAAGAAGAAUCUAGCGUCUUGGUUUUUGCAGAAACUGUUCGAGUUCGUUAUCUUUUUUGUUUCCUUGACAAGUCCGUUUCAUCGCCAUAUCCUCGCGGUUCUCUCUGUAUUCGACGAUCACAUUCUCGCGUUUCAAGACGCGGUCGAGACUUACUUCCCUUCUUCCACCUUCGUGUUCGCUACGAUGUUCGAUCUGCUCAUCGUUGUUGAGACUCUCCCUGAGAGAUUCGACAGAUUCUUGAAGAUACUUCCUGGUUCGAUGAACAGAGUUGUGUGGCUAGAUUUGGUGCUGGUUCAUGUCAUUUCUUGGCUUGGUUUGUUGGUGAAUGUGUUGGGACGUUGGAGAGAUAAGAACAAAGGGACCAUGGAGAAAGAGAUCACGGUCGAUAGGAGUUUUAGCAGAUCAGGAUCAGUCUCACAAGAAGAAGAAGAUGAAGCAGAGAAGGAGAAACUGUGUACUGAGGGGAAGAAAGCGACCUACAAGGAGGCAUUGCAGAGAGGAAGCAGCGGUGAAGAUGGCGGUGGAAGCACUGGUCGUAGCAACAGCAGCCGCGGUGAUCCCAUUUUGGAACUGUUUGAGACUGGUUGGAUUCAGAAUCCCAUCAAAAGAAGUAGUAGAAGCGCUGAUUCGCUCACCUUCUCUCGUUCUGAUUCCUACUCCACCUGACACUAAUGACGCAUUAGCACAAGCCAUUAGAGUACUAUAUGUUCAUUCUCUAUCACAACUUUUGUAUUCAUUACUUUUGUAAAUAUCAUAUUCUAAGUAACCUAAGUUGAAGAUCCAUUUUGUUAACUCUCUACUGAACCUAUUGUCUUUGGAUAAAUAAUUGAAACAUAAGACGCUGGAAGGGUAAUAAGAGGGUUGUGUAAUGAUGUUAAAAUUGGGGUUUUGUUUUAUUUAUAUUUACUUGAUAUACAUAGUAACAGCAAAAAUCGAGUAUAAUCACAAUGGGACCUGUACAUAUCUUCUUAUCUAUGAUAUAACUUCUGUAACUUGUAAGAAAAAAAAAAAAAAAACAAAGCUUUU